GAACCAAAUUCUGUGGGGUUGGCUCCCAGCGACGUGUUUCUGGCCAGAAGGUCUGGUCCCAAUUCCAGACGCAGUUCGGCGCGAUCAAACCGGGUCUUUGGCUUUUUGCUCUUUUUCCUGGCUCUUUGUGUUCUCUACUACAAGCUGAACUGUUGGGGCGAGGGUAGUGUCUCAGCCAUGGGAGACACGGAAGUCCACCUUUCCUCUACUGGUGAUACAAUUCAGUGGACAAAGCGACAUGGCAUGCAGCCUCCAAUGUGCAACCGCACACCAGGCUUGCUGACGCUACUCCUGCCCCCGCACUCACACCUGGCUUGCGAGCUGACUGGGAAAAAUGCAAUUCCAAACAUGGAAACAAAGGGCGUUUUUCCUUCUGGCAAUGGAACAGUGGAGGUUCAUGACAGUGGCCGCCUGGUUCAUGUACGCUUACAGCUUCAGCCCAGAGCGAUUGAUCUGGUGGCGUGCUACCAGCACACGUUUCAAGCGACAAGAGUCCCCUUUUCAGUGCAACAGUUAGAGAGGGCCCUAGCAAUGAUACCUGUGACCAAAGCUACGGCCAAACCUUUUGAACCAGUAGGUAAGGCGGUGAUUGGACUGCUUAUCCAUUUGGCUAUGCAAGAUGCUAGGGGUCAUAUGAUUCAGUAUCCUAUUUGGUCCUACAUGGAACAUCGUUCUACUUUAGAAGCCAUUAGAGCAGCCGGUGCACCCAAAGUUAGUCUGUAUGGAGGAGCUCAGCUCUGCAUCGACUUGCAAAGGGCAUUUGAUGGAGUCAAUCGUGUCAAACUUUUCCAGCGUCUUCAUGAGCUUCAGAUCAGAGAAGAGAUCAUCCAGCUGUUGGCCUACUGGCAUGAAGAAACAGACUACUUUGUGCAGCAUGACAUGGACACACCAGCAGUGGAGACACCUUUGAACAUUUUGCCUGAGGAGCUUCUUGCGGGACCCAGCUCACAGACAGUGAUCCCUGGACGCAAAGGUGCUGCCCUUGGUACCAUUGAACCCAAGAUGCAACAUCAUCCUUCUGAUGCGGCUGCCAGAGGCCUGCGCCUCAUUACAGAGGAAGAGCUGCAUCACCUGAAGAGCCUACCUUUUGGGGAACGCUUGCUUCACAUUGUGCAGGAACGAGAUUGGCAAAAGGUUGAACAGGCCCAAGACAUUUGCAGAUAUCUGGCUGCACGCUGUGUGAUCUGCUCCCAUCAGUUCUCACGUUGCCAAGAGCUUCAUCAACAUUACAGGCCCGACAGCGUUGUGAACUUUGCCUUCUUUGUUUUCCUUCUACUGCUGACCUGGUGCAACAUCUUCAAGCUGAGCAUGGACUUCAAGGCCUCAGCAGAAACGAAGCAGGUUGAGGACUUGUGGCUUGAGGCCUGUUUUGACGGCAAAUUGCAACAGGUUUUGCACCCAGCAGCAACUCGUUUGAGAUUGACAGUAGUCUGCCAGGCAUGCAACAAAGGCUGCAAAAGGGCCGCCGACCUGGCCCUACAUUUACAGACCUCUCAUGCCAGGCUGUGGAGGGAAUCGAAACGGCUGACCAUGGUCCUUUCUGCUGUUUUCUCCUCUCAAUGUUUCUGCAACCCACAGCUGGGGACCAAACGUGGACAUCAUGUUUGCUUGCCCUUGAGGCAGUUGGCAAUGUGCUAUCACAGGGUGAAUAGGGAGCCUUUUGCACCCAUGCUGAUCACGGACACGAUGCUGCAGGCCAUUUUCUCAGACAAAUUGCCCAGAGCUCCACAGUAUCGACUUGAGCAAGCAUUGGUGCACAGACAAUUUGCAGACAUCUGGCAGGACCGGGACCUCCUGCUGUUUCUUCGAACGUAUUGCCUGUUUUGCGGCAGCCAGCCCUGUACCUCUGACUUGGCCCUACACCUCAGAGAGGAGCAUGCUUGCAGCCACAACACAUGCUUGUUUUACAUGGAACAGCUGUUGCCCACAGUUCAUGCCUUGAACCCUGAUGACUUCCAGUGCCAGCUGUGUGGACAGAUUUUCAAUCUCCCUGCUCACAUGUGCCCUGACCAGCCUGCUCAUGACCGGGCCCACUGCAACAUGGAGACGGGGGACAAUGGCAUCACCGACCAGAUGAGGGAGGUGUUUGGAGCCAUCAUGCCCAUGCUGGACAGGAGCCUCAACAUGGCGCCCAAUCCGAGGCGCUCCAAGGCCCCUCGAAGAGGCGACACACAACCAGAGGACGCAGGUCCACAGGCAACACAACAGCAGGAGAUCAGACAAAUGAUGCAAAUGAUGCAGCUGAUGGCUCAACUGGUCGUCAAACAAGAUCAAGAAUGGAACAGUCUGCGCAGAACAGAUCAAUUCAUUCUUUUUUUGAACCCCGACCCACAGGGCGCAUUGCAUCAACUGGUUCAGGAGACAGCCCAAUGGAAACAACAAAUGGAGAACCCAUCGAAGUUCCAGAUGAAACCCUUGCGUCAGCAUCUCAUCUUGACCUUGUUGCAGGCUCUUCACACCAAUGCGGGCAAGAUUGUGGAGAGCAAAGAAUCGGAGCCCCUGCACCAAACAUCGGUGCAGAAAGGGCUGAUCCUAGCAGACAAGAGCUUUCCAUUUCACAGAUGGGAUGCCCACAAUCAGAAGUUGAUGAUCGACAAGAAGCAACCAGUGAGCUCUCAGAAGAUGUUCCAACACUUGACCGAGCUGCAGGAAAUGGUACUGGACCGAGACCUGGUGGUCCGCUUCCAUGCUCUGAGAGCGGUGUCGGACAAGGACCUCAAAGCAGUCCCGUGGAGAUUGCAAAUCAACCUUCGGAACAACAGAGCCUACGAGCUUCUACUUCAACUUUGCCACAAUGCAGUCUGGAUGGCAGUGGGAGCAACACUCAAACCCCACUCCUUGGGACAGUCAACGAUGGCAACCAAUCUCCAGGCCAUGAUGCACAAGCCGAAGGGCAAGGGCAAAGGCAAACAUCAAGCCAAGCUCUCUCCCAAGAAGGCACAGAAGGAUUGUGCUGAAUGUGCACAAAAAAUUCUGACCUGGCUUGCGGCAGACGCGUUUGACAUGCGCUGGGAAAGACGCCUUGAAACAAAUGAGGGCUUCAUUCCAAUGGAUGCCAACAGUGCUUGCACACCCAUCCUUUUGAGUUUUUCCAGACGCAUGCAUUUGACUGGUAGUUGCAUCUUUUCAGAACUGAUUUCCCUCUGGUCUCAGGAGAAUUCCAUGAGGGCAGCGCUGCUGGCUGCUUCCCCCUGCCUCUGCCUGCAGCUGGACAGACAUCAUCAGGAUGAAGAUGGAAACAUUACCAAAACUACAUGCCAGAUUGAGAUGGAGACUGAAUUGGUCAUUCCAAUUUUCACACACCAUGACAUGCGGCUUGAACAUGUAGGGUACAUUCCCAUUGCGGGAGUAGCACACCUGGGACUGGACUUGGAGGGACACUGCCGAUCCAUUCUGAAAAUACAACCGUCACUGGUCUCGGCAACGCGCCCUGCGACUUGGCUGAUUACAGAUGAUGAUCAAAGACCCACACCGCAGUGGACCGUUCCAAAAUGGUUUCAGAGCAACGCAGUCCUGAUUUGGUUGGUGCGCACGGAUCUGCUUGGCCUUCCUGCCUAUCAUCCUGAUCUGACAGAAGUGACGGCGCUGAUGCACAAGGCGAUGCCGUCUCAAACUGAGCUGAUUGCAACUGCUGCCAUCCCAAUCCCUGAAGCUGACCCACAGAAUGAGCUGCUGCAUCUCUUGGCAGCGCAACAUGGUGCUGACACAGAUGGAAAUGAACGAAG